AUGGUUCAAUUCAAAGACCAGAGCUCUGAGGAAGAGUCCAAAAACGACGAUAUGAACUCACAAAAAUCUGCUUCGCCUGAGCACUCGCCUUCCAGCGGGAAAAGUAAGCGCAAAUCUGACGAUGAGGGGCAUGGCGAUGGAAGCUCGAAGAGGAAGAGAAAGUCCAAAUCAGAAAAGAAUUCUCAGCGCAAAGCCAAUGGAUCUGUGCCAAAGAGGAGGCACAGUAUGAGCAAGCCUGCUCGAGAUGCUCGCGAUGAUCCUUCUCCAACCCGGCCCAACUUGGAUGUGGAUGAAGUAAGAUCGCCAAGUCCAGUUAUCGAUUUCGACGGGUUGAGCCGGCCAAGCCUGGGAACCCGUGAGCGAAAAGAGGAAUCGCCCGAACAAGCUGCUGCUCGUCUGCAAAAACUUUCCGGAGCUGUCAGAACAAUCCUCGAAUGUCUCGGCGAGGACCCAGAUCGUGAAGGUCUCUUGGGCACUCCAGACCGAUAUGCGAAAGCAAUGCUCUUUUUUACGAAAGGCUACCAAGAAAAUGUUCGUGACAUCGUCAACGAUGCUAUAUUCCACGAAGGACACAACGAAUUGGUGAUUGUGAAAGAUAUUGAAGUCUUCAGUCUCUGCGAACAUCAUAUGGUACCCUUUACAGGAAAGAUGCACAUUGGCUAUAUUCCUAACAAAGAUGUCAUUGGGAUUUCGAAAUUACCACGGAUAGCAGAUAUGUUCUCGCGUAGGCUACAAAUUCAAGAGAGACUUACAAAAGAUGUUGCCCAUGCAGUAAUGGAAAUACUCAAACCGCAGGGCGUAGCAGUAGUAAUGGAAUCGAGUCAUCUUUGCAUGGUCAUGCGAGGCGUGGAAAAGACAAGCGCAACAACUAUCACAAGUUGUGUACUCGGAUGCAUUGAGAAGAGGGAAAAGACUCGAAACGAGUUCUUCAGUCUGGUCGGACUGAAUAGGCGGUAG